AUGAAAAUGCGUCCAUAUACUGCAGUGUUUGCUGCGUUCAUUCAACUCUUGUUGACCCAAAAGUCUCAGGCAGCGUUGCGCUCUUACAACCUUACGCUGCACAACGACACCAGAGCCCCUGAUGGAUUCUCUCGCGAAGUAUUUCUCAUAAAUGGCCAAACCCCUGGCCCUCUCAUCGAGGUGGACGAGGGGGAUGAGCUAGAAGUGUUUGUGAAGAACAACCUCGCCGUCGAGAUGGCAAUUCACUGGCAUGGGAUCCUCCAGCGGGGGACACCGGAAAUGGACGGAACGAUCGGAGUGACACAGGACCCAAUUCAACCAGGAGGAAACUUCACCUAUCGCAUGCACCUCAAAGGCGAAUACGGGUUUUACUGGUACCACGCGCACUCUCGUGCUUACUCUGACGACGGCAUCCGCGGCCCACUCACGAUUCACCCUUCCCCACAACGACCGAAGCCAUACAAACACCUCGCAGACGAUGAACCAGGGUUCGCUGCUCUGCAAAUUGCGGAGCGCGAAGCCGUGCCCUUGCUCCUGUCAGAUUGGUAUCACCGUGUAUCAGACGAUGUAUACAACGACUACAUCAGCACAGGCAUGUAUCCGAACAAUGUCGACAGCCUCCUCGCCAACGGAAAAGGGUGGGUGCAGUGUCUCCCACAGCCUGGAUCUGGUAUGUCAAUGGGCUCGAGCAGCAUGAACAUGCCGGCGGCCAGUCCUACUACGAGUAUGGCACAGGGAAUGACAAUGGGCUCCGGGUCACCGAUGGCAACCGACACGAUGGCCACUGGGAUGGCAUCCAUGGACAACAUGCAGCGACGUGCGAUGGAAGGCAGUUCGAUGGCUGACAUGUGUAUGUCGAUGGCCUCGACGACUACGGCCGCCGCCUCUCCCGCAGCUAUGAGUCCCAUGGCCAGCUCUACCUGCACGAACACGACAGCGCCCCUGCUGGUCAUUAAUGCGAACUACACCAGAGGAUGGCUCGCUCUGAACCUGGUCAACGGAGGCUCGAUAACAAAGCUUAGCGUGUCUUUGGACUCUCAUUCGAUGUAUGUGUAUGCAGCCGAUGGUUUCUACAUCACGCCACAGGAAGUUCAGAUCCUGCAUAUGUCCAAUGGGCAGCGAUAUUCUGUUAUGGUGAAAUUAGACCAGAUGCCAGGGAACUACGCUCUGCGCUUUGCGUCGUAUCCUUACGGCAGUGACAUGCAGCAGGUCAUCGAAGGCCAGGCAACCAUUGGCGACACUGGAAUGGCCAUGCCCAUGAAUAUGACAAGCCACGUUUCCCCGCCGUGGAUGCUCAGCAAUGGUUCAGCGACAUCCAAUGCCACCUUACUUUCCGAGCAAGAUCUCGUCCUUGCUGAGCCAGCCUCGCCACCAUGCCACGCAGACGUUACAUAUAACUUCUUCAUCAACCAAACUGAUGCUACUACUUGGGCCUUAAAUAGAACGCCUUACCAAACGCCUCAAGUCCCUCUUCUCUACAGCAACGCCUCCGACGGCUGGAAGGCCAGCACUACGCUUCAUGUUCCCUUGAACUCCACUGUUGACAUUAUCCUACAGAUUGCUAAUGACUCGAUGGACGCGAUGGGUCAUCCCUUCCACCUUCAUGGAAAUAGAUUCUGGGUUCUUGGGUCUGGCUCUCAUUCUUCUUUCCCCUUCGCAAAUGUCACCGAUGCAACAGCGUUCUCUCUCCUCAAUCUAGAGGAUCCGCUCUAUCGCGACACUGCGGAUCUGCCCGAGGCUGGGUGGGCGGUGCUGCGGUUUGUGGCGGAUAACCCAGGAGCUUGGAUCUUUCACUGCCAUAUGCAGUGGCACUUUAUGAGCGGUCUUGCGGUGGUGUUUGUUGUUAGUGAGGAAGAGACGUGUUAG